AUGGCAGCGUCAGCCACAAUUGUCCUGCCGGGCGACGACAUCGCGAAGAGCGCCCUGCCUACAGGCACAGGCAAAAAGAAGACGCUCACCCUCGGACCAGGUUUGCGACACACGCCGCCAGACACGGUCACUGCUACAAUUGCGGGCGCGCUCGUGACAGACAACAAGAAGAAUGCUGCUUCGGUUGAAUACAACACUGGAAGGUACCUUCCUUUCGCGGGCGACCUCGUCAUUGCGACUGUCAAUGGUUCUGCCGCAGAGAACUUCAACUGCCUCCUUACCCCGAACACACCGCCUGCGACCCUCCCCCAUUUGGCCUUCGAGGGUGCGACUAAGAAGACACGACCCCAGCUUCCUCCAAACUCUCUGGUGUACUGCCGCGUUGCCAGCGCUGGCAAGGAUCUGCCAUCAGAACUCACCUGCGUCGAUCCUUCCACAGGCAAGAGUGAAGGACUCGGUCUUCUGAAGGGAGGCAUGCUGUUCAAGGUGAGCCUGGGCAUGGCUCGACGAAUGCUUGCAGCACGUGGUGGCAUAACUCUACUGCAGACCUUGGGUGCCAAAAUCGGCUUCGAGGUCACAGUCGGUCGAAACGGACUUGUACACGUCGACGGGGGGAACAUAAAGGCGACAUUGGCAAUAGGGCAGGCUAUACAAGAGGUGGAUGUUGCCGCCCUCGGAGACGAGGCACAGAAAAAGCUAGCUGCUGCGACUUUGAAACAAUGCUGA